CCAAAAGAGCAGCACACCCCUCUCCUCUCCUCUCCUCUCCCCGUCUUGUGGGCGUCUAUGUACUUCAUAAAGACACCCACCGUCUCCCCCAAUCGAUACAUUUUCACCCUCAAUUACAGUACUCAACUUCCACCAGUUCUUUGGUCUCCUGUUUCUGGGUUUUUGUGUUAUAUAUUCUUUUUUUUUUCUGGGUCUCCCUGUUUGAUUGAGAUUGAGCUUGAUCUGAUUCCGGGUCUUGGGUUUUCUUGGAUUCUUGAUUCUUCUUUGUACCGGGGAAGCUUCAGUUUUUCCUUUUUGUUCUUUAGGAAUACUGUCUCUGUGAGCAAUCGAGGGCAGGUCAACGCCAUGGAUGCAAAGAUUUCUCUGCCUAUUAGCCUUCUUCUGAUCCUCGGCUGUGCAUUCGUAGCCGGGGCUUCCGCACAUAAGCAUGAUAGUCUCAUCAAUCCCAACGGCUCCUCUCUUGCGGGGAUCGAACUGCCUGAUCAUAUGAGCUUCAAUGCCGUCUCUUCUUCGGGUGCAACCGGGUGCGGCCUCUCGUCCUUGAAGCAGCCCGGACAGACGGAUUCAGCUGUUCCAUCCUAUUCCGACAUUGAUGACGAUGACGAUGACGAUGACGAUGAAGUUGAGGGGGAUGCUUCCUUUUUGUUGGCUAAAUCGCAGAGAGAAACCGUGAAGCUCCACCUCAAGCGCCGAUCGGCGAGCUCCGAUGCCGGCUCGAAGGAAUCUGUGGCUGAAUUCACCGGGUGGGAUUUGAGCAGGAUUCAUACACUUUACAGGAGGAUGACUGAGAGGAAGAACCAGAACACCAUCUCAAGGCUAAAGAAAGGUAGGGAGAAGAAACCCAAUUGGGGGUCUGAUUAUAAUCGGGUCGAUCCACCUGCCCCGGCCCCAAUGCCGGAAUUUUAUGGCGAUGGUCUCUCUGGUCAGUUGAUGGCAACUUUGGGGUCCGGGGUGGCUCUCGGCUCAGGUGAGUACUUCAUGGAUGUGUUCGUGGGCACUCCCCCGAAGCAUUUCUUGCUGAUCCUUGACACCGGGAGCGACCUGAAUUGGAUCCAGUGCGUCCCGUGUUACGACUGUUUUGAGCAGAACGGGCCUCACUAUGACCCCAAAGACUCAAGUUCUUUCAAGCACAUUGGCUGCCAUGAUCCCCGGUGCGAGUUAGUCUCCUCCCCGGACCCGCCACAGCCCUGCAAGGAUGAGAACCAAACAUGUCCAUAUUUCUACUGGUACGGAGACAGUUCAAACACAACUGGGGAUUUCGCCCUCGAGACAUUCACGGUGAAUCUCACUGCACGUAAUGGGAAGUCCGAGUACAGGCGGGUCGAGAAUGUAAUGUUUGGGUGCGGACAUUGGAACCGCGGGCUCUUCCAUGGGGCCGCGGGUUUAUUAGGCCUGGGGAGAGGACCGCUCUCGUUCUCAUCCCAGCUUCAGUCUCUCUACGGCCACUCUUUCUCGUACUGUCUCGUCGACAGGAACAGCGACACAAGCGUCAGUAGCAAGCUGAUCUUCGGGGAGGACAGGGAGCUCCUGAGCCACCCGAACCUGAAUUUCACAUCGUUUGUGGCAGGGAAAGAGAAUCCUGCCGAUACAUUCUACUACGUCCAGAUAAAGUCGAUCAUAGUCGGGGGAGAAGUUCUCAACAUCUCUAAAGAGACUUGGGAACUGUCGCAGGACGGGUCCGGUGGCACGAUCAUAGACUCGGGCACUACUCUAAGCUACUUCGCAGAGCCUGCCAAUACGACAAUUAAGGAGGCUUUCAUCAGGAAGGUGAACAAGAAGUAUCCUCUGGUGAAGGACAUCGAGAUCCUCUACCCGUGCUACAAUGUGUCGGGAGUCGAAAAGGUGGAUUUGCCCGAGUUUGCAAUUGAGUUCGCCGAUGGCGCCGUGUGGAACUUCCCCGUGGAGAACUACUUCAUCCCAUUAUCGGAUGACAUAGUCUGUCUGGCGCUGAUGGGGACUCCCAAGUCGGCUCUGUCCAUUAUCGGGAACUACCAACAGCAGAACUUCCAUAUACUGUACGACACAAAGAAAUCGAGGCUCGGGUACGCCCCGAUGAGGUGCGCCGAGAUUACCUCCGCCGCACUCCGAAAAAUGGGGCCUUUCAGGUUUCACCAGUACCAGGUCGUCGGGAGAGCACUGCCCACCGAGGGAGAUGAGCAUCCUAAGAUCUACAGGAUGAAGCUCUGGGCAACCAAUGAGGUCCGAGCCAAGUCCAAGUUUUGGUACUUCCUGAGGAAGCUGAAGAAGGUGAAGAAGAGCAAUGGUCAGGUUCUUGCCAUCAAUGAGAUUUUUGAGAAGAAUCCGACCAAGAUCGAUAACUAUGGUAUUUGGCUCCGGUACCAGAGCCGUACUGGUUAUCACAAUAUGUACAAGGAGUACAGGGACACGACUCUCAACGGGGCUGUGGAGCAGAUGUACACUGAGAUGGCAUCUCGUCACAGGGUCAGGUUCCCCUGCAUCCAGAUCAUCAAGACCGCCACUGUUCCAGCAAAGCUGUGCAAGAGGGAGAGCACCAAGCAGUUCCACAACUCGAAGAUCAAGUUCCCGCUUGUGUUCAGGAAAGUCAGGCCACCCUCUAGGAAGCUCAAGACCACAUACAAGGCUUCGAGGCCUAACUUAUUUAUGUAACUCUUUUCUUUUGCUGGUCGGGAUUGGAAGUCUGCUACCUGUUACCCGUCCCUUUUAGAGAGAAAGGAAUUGCCUGCUCUAGUAGUCUAUUUUGUUGUGUUCCUGAAUUUCUCCAAAUUUUGAUGAUUGACAGUUGAAUGACUCUUUUUUUUCAAUGCUUUGGCUGCAUUCUUAAUUCGAGUUGUGAAUGCUUAAAAAUUGAAGUUCAGCUAUUUGCGGUA